GCUGCUAUUUGUACCGUGAAGAUACAUGGGCACAGAAAAUUGUGUGGUUGAGAGAUGGGCGGUGGAGAGGAUGAGGCAGUGCAGCCACUGUUUGCGACCAAACAAUUGAAGGGUAGAGUUGCUUAUAGGUGUUUUGCUUCCACAAUCUUUGUGGGAAUAUGUUUGAUUUUGGUGUAUAGACUGAAGCAUAUACCAAGUGCAGAAGAACAUGGCAGAUGGGCUUGGAUUGGAUUGUUCAUAGCUGAGCUUUGGUUCGGGUUUUAUUGGAUUAUCACACAGUCUGUUCGUUGGAAUGUUAUCCAUCGUGUACCGUUCAAGGAUAGGCUCUUGCAGAGGCAUGGGGAGAAGUUACCAGGGGUGGACAUCUUUGUGUGCACGGCGGAUCCAACCUUAGAGCCACCAACUUUGGUGGUUAACACCGUCUUGUCAGCCAUGGCUUAUAACUAUCCAACUGACAAGUUGAGUGUCUAUCUUUCUGAUGAUGGCGGUUCAGAGCUGACGUUCUAUGCUCUCUUGGAGGCCUCUCGUUUCUCUAAACACUGGAUUCCCUUCUGCAAGAAAUUCAAGGUCGAGCCGCGGUCUCCACAGGGCUAUUUUGUCCAGCAUAAUGAUUCACAGGACAUCACUUAUGCCAAUGAAUGGCUGGCCAUUAAGAAAUUGUAUGAAGAGAUGAAAAACCGGAUCGAAUCAGCUGUUGAGGUGGGCAGCAUUCCAAAGGAAGUAAGGGAUCAACACAAAGGAUUCUCAGAAUGGGACUCUAAAAUAACUAAGAAGGAUCAUCAGUCAAUUGUUCAGAUUUUAAUCGACGGGAGGGACACAAAUGCAAUUGAUAGUGAUGGAAAUCGGUUGCCAACACUGGUAUACAUAGCACGAGAGAAGAGACCGCAAGUGCACCAUAACUUCAAAGCUGGUUCCAUGAAUGCAUUGACAAGAGUGUCAUCAGAGAUGAGCAAUGGACCUAUAAUCCUAAACCUGGAUUGUGACAUGUACUCGAACGAUCCUGAUACGAUAAUGGAUGCACUAUGUUUCUUCCUGGAUGAAGAGAAAGGCCACAGGGUUUCUUAUGUGCAGUAUCCACAGCACUACAAUAAUGUCCACAAGAGCAAUAUUUAUUCAUGUUCAAAUAUGGUUGUUAAUAAGAUUGAGCUUGCUGGCCUAGAUGGAUAUGGCGGGACUCUGUAUUGUGGCACGGGGUGCUUCCACAGAAGAGAAAGUCUUUGUGGAAGGAGGUAUUCUGAGGAUUACAAAGCAGAAUGGAGCACUAGGACUUGGAAAAAUGCUGAAAGAACUGUCCCGGAGUUGGAAGAAGCAUCCAAAGUCCUUGCCAAUUGUAGCUAUGAGAAGGGUACUCUAUGGGGGCAAGAGAUGGGUUUGAUGUAUGGGUGUUCAGUGGAAGAUGUCAUCACUGGGUUGGUAAUUCAAUGCAAGGGUUGGGAACCAGUUUACUAUAGUCCCUAUAAAAGGGCCUUCUUGGGUGUUGCCGCAACUACAUUAGAUGACGCUCUUAUUCAAUACAAGAGGUGGGCUGAAGGGAUGUUUCAGAUAUUUUUCUCCAAGUACUGCCCCUUCUUCUAUGGGCACAGGAAGAUAAAACUGGGAGCCCAGAUGGGUUACUGUGUUUACCUUCUGUGGGCUCCUAACUCCUUGCCAAUGCUCUAUUACACUAUCGUUCCUCCCCUGUUCUUGCUUCGUGGCGUUGCCUUAUUCCCAGAGGUGUCAAGCCUAUGGUUCCUGCCAUUUGCGUAUGUUUUUACAGCCAAGUACGCUUACAGCAUGCUUGAGGCAGUGUGGUGUGGAGAUUCAUUCAAGGCAUGGUGGAACCUAGAACGAACAUGGCUGAUCCGAUCAGCAACUUCAUACCUUUUUGCCUUGAUUGAUAACCUCACCAAGCAACUGGGGCUGUCUGAAACAACCUUUGUCAUCACAGCCAAGGUGGCUGACGAGGGUGUGUUGAAGAGAUACCAGCAAGAGAUUAUUGAGUUUGGAAAUGCAUCUCUAAUGGUUACCAUCAUAUCAACGUUGGCACUGCUGAAUCUUUUCAGUUUAGUUGGGGGGAUGACGAGAGUCAUCUUCAGUAUGGAGUUCAGGGGUGGUGUUGCAGGCUUGAUCCCACAUAUGAGCCUAUGUGGGCUGACUGUUAUGCUCAAUCUUCCAGUGUACCAUGCCCUCUUUAUCCGCAGUGACAAGGGCAGAAUCCCAUCCUCUGUUAUGUUCAAGUCAAUUGUUUUAUCCUCACUGGCAUGUCUACUGCCCUAUUUAUUAUAGUUCUUAACACAUUGUAAUGUAGGUGUUGUGUUAUGUAUGAACCAAGAAACAUUAAUUGUAUACUAGGGAUUAUGCAAUUAUACUAGGGAUUAUGAUUUUUAUAUAGUA